AUGGCCGGCGCCAACGAUUGUUUCAGCAUUGGGAGUACGGUGGCCUGUAAAACCUGUUACAAGGAGGAGAUCGAAGGCGAGGUGCUAGCAUUCGAUCCACAAACUAAAAUGCUGAUCCUCAAAUGUCCUUCUUCGAGUGGGGCACCUACAUUAAACGACGUACACAUAGUAAAUUUAUCCUUGGUAUCUGAAGUCCAAGUCAAAUGGGAAGUUAGCCCCACAACUAGUGAACCACCACAAAGCCUUAAUUUGCAAAAGCUAAACAAAAGAGUACGUAAUCAAAUCGAAGAGAAGAAGAAUCUGGUAAUGGCUCUGCAGGCCGGAGUAUCUCCAGAGGGACAAAAACUCUUCAGUACUAUAUCAAAGACUAUUCCGGGAGUUACGUGGAAUGGAGCAAAUAUUGUUGUAUUUGCCGAAGUCACGAUUAGACCUCCCUACAAAGUUGACAAUGUGCAUGGUAACGCAGAAUCUGGAGCAUACAAACAUGUAAAAAAAGUGGUUGAAAAACAUAUUAAAGAUUCAGAAGCACAAGCACAACAACGGGAUCAGCAACAACAGCAAAAGCAAAAAGGAGGUGCAAUGCAAUAAAGGUUCAAAAAGGCACUACACCACAAAUAAAGCUACCAAUGCUUUCACAGAAGUUCCAGUGUUUGAGGAAAAGUAGGAAAUGAUGAAACAGGAUAUAAAAAACCAUUGCAGAACUAGAUAAACCUAUCAUGAAAACCAACAUUAUAGACAAAAUUCAGUUUGUUU